CGCACAGCAGCAGCGCAGGUUUUUUUUUUCUUCCUUUUUUUWAUACCCACAAUGAUUUUCAAAACACUUGCGACUCGUCUGCGAACGAGAGGAGGAAAGAGCGGAGAAACGGAGAGCCUCACCUCCUCAAACAACGAGUGAGGUCGGGAUAAAAGAAGAGCUCCGGAGAAAAAGAAGAGGAGAGGAAGAGAAGAAACUGUGGAGUUAACAGAGAGGGGGAGAAACAACGGCGGCUUGAAGCUCCAGGGAGGAGUGUCUGAUUGCUUUCUUCCAAAAAAAAAAAAAAAAGUGUCUAAUUUUACACAAAAUUCGACAUGUCAUCGUCCGGGAAAGACAACAGCGCUGCCCAACACGCCAAUUAUGUGGGACCUUAUCGUUUGGAGAAGACGCUGGGGAAAGGACAGACAGGGCUGGUAAAGCUUGGAGUCCACUGUGUAACGUGCCAGAAAGUUGCCAUAAAGAUUGUCAACCGUGAGAAGCUCAGUGAGUCAGUACUUAUGAAGGUGGAGCGAGAAAUAGCUAUUCUGAAGCUUAUAGAACACCCACAUGUUUUAAAGCUGCAUGAUGUCUAUGAAAAUAAAAAAUACUUGUACCUUGUCUUAGAACACGUGUCCGGGGGCGAACUGUUUGACUACUUGGUGAAGAAAGGCAGGUUAACACCCAAAGAGGCCAGGAAAUUUUUCAGACAAAUCAUGUCUGCCUUGGAUUUUUGCCACAGUCAUUCUAUAUGCCACAGGGACCUAAAGCCAGAGAACCUGUUGCUAGAUGAAAAGAACAACAUCAGGAUAGCAGACUUUGGCAUGGCGUCCCUUCAGGUUGGAGACAGUCUGUUGGAAACCAGCUGUGGAUCCCCACACUACGCGUGCCCAGAGGUCAUCAGGGGAGAGAAGUAUGAUGGAAGAAAAGCAGAUGUCUGGAGCUGUGGUGUCAUACUUUUUGCUCUUUUGGUGGGCGCCCUGCCGUUUGAUGAUGACAACCUAAGGAAUCUCCUGGAGAAAGUAAAGUUGGGAGUGUUUCAUAUGCCACACUUCAUCCCUCCAGACUGUCAAAACCUUCUCCGCARCAUGAUUGAAGUGGACGCUUCCAAAAGACUAACGUUAGAACAAAUCCAGAAGCACACGUGGUACAUUGGGGGUAAAAAUGAACCAGAACCCGAGCAGCCUGUGCCUAGAAAGGUAACCAUCCGCAGCCUGCCUUCUGCAGACGACAUCGACCCGGAUGUACUGGACAGUAUGAACUCCCUGGGCUGCUUCAGAGACAAAAACAAACUUCUGAAAGACCUGCUCUCAGAUGAUGAGAACCAAGAGAAGAUGAUCUACUUCUUGUUACUUGAUCGCAAAGAGAGGUACCCGAGUCAGGAGGACCAGAACCUUCCCCCUCGCAAUGAGAUUGAUCCACCAAGGAAGCGAGUGGAUUCCCCCAUGUUGAACCGUCAUGGCAAGAGGAGACCUGAGAGGAAGUCUAUGGAGGUCCUCAGUGUGACAGAUGGAGGUUCGCCGGUUCCAGCCAGGAGGGCUAUCGACAUGACACAACACGGACAAAGUAAAUCAGUGUACAGUAAAAGCUUGGAUAUUCCGGAUGGCAGAACAAAAUGCAGCAAAGAAGAAAGGUCACGAUCUAUCAGUGGAGCCUCUUCUGGCCUUUCCACCAGCCCCCUCAGCAGUCCACGGGUUACCCCUCACCCCUCCCCUCGAGGCAGCCCCCUCCCCACCCCAAAAGGCACUCCAGUGCACACUCCCAAGGACAGUCCAUCUGGGACGCCGACUCCUACGCCGCCUCCGAGCCCGUCCAUAGGAGGCAUGCCUUGGAGGACGCGUCUGAACUCCAUCAAGAACAGCUUCCUGGGCUCGCCACGCUUCCAUCGCAGGAAACUCCAAGUUCCUACACAAGAGGAAAUGUCCAGCCUCACACCAGAGUCUUCCCCAGAACUUGCCAAAAAAUCCUGGUUUGGUAACUUUAUCAACCUGGAGAAAGAGGAGCAGAUCUUUAUUGUCAUCAAGGACAAGCCUCUCAGCUCCAUCAAGGCAGACAUCGUCCAAGCCUUCCUCUCGAUUCCCAGCCUGAGUCACAGUGUCAUCUCACAGACCAGUUUUCGAGCAGAGUACAAGUCCACAGCCGGCCCCACAGUCUUCCAGAAGCCGGUCAAAUUUCAGGUGGACAUCACCUACACGGAGAGCACAGCUGCCACGAAAGAGAAUGGCAUCUACUCUGUCACUUUUACCCUGCUCUCAGGACCAAGCCGACGAUUUAAGCGAGUGAUCGAGACGAUUCAGAGUCAGUUGUUAAGCACACAUGACCAGCCGGGGGUUCAGCAGCUCUCUGGCAACCCAUUGAGUAACUUCUUUGACGUAAUUAAACAACUUUUUUCAGACGAGAAGAACGGACAGGUGCCCCGGCCUCCCGGCGCGCCCUCUAAGCGUUGCCCCGCCCCCAUGCACGUCCCGAGGCACGAGUCCGAAAACCAUGACACCAAAUUCCCACUGGCAAGCCAAGACCGAGCAAAGUUGUCCAUCCCGUCUGUUGGGGGGGCAGGAGGAGUCUUAGACUGAGAGACUUUGUGGCCGUGCUAAAGCCACCCCAGGGUGAAUAGAAACCAACAACUCAGAAGAGAGCACCGUCACAUUAUCACUUAUAGACAUAUUUUUUUAACAAAUUAUUUUAUUUAAAUUGAGAAAUGUUGAGUGAAUUCAAAUGAUAGUUUACAAACGAGGGUUUUCACCUCCAGAACAAACAUUACUUUAGUUUCCUUCAUUAUGAUUCAUCACCUCCCCACUCAUCUUUGACUCGUACUUUGUUUCCUGUUUUGGUGCUGAUGAACUCUGUAAUGACCUGACUGUUUCUCACACCAGGAAUUAUCCAGAAGACCUAUUAAAGUCCCUCUUCCUGCUUCACAUCCCCCCC